AUGCCGUCGGCCGCGCUGCUGCUCUGGGCGCCGCUGCCGCUGCUCGCGCUGCCCGCCGUGGCGGCGCUGCCCGGCCUGGCGCCGACGCUGCUGCUGCUGCCCGCCGCCUUCCACGCCACGUCGCACGCCGUCGCCGCCUGCCGCGCCACGCUCCUGGCGCGCGGCUUUGCCGGGCGCGACCUGCUCAAGCCGCACCGCCCCGAGCUUGUGCCCGAGUCGGCCGGACUGCCGGCGGCGGCGACGUACGUGCUGCUGCUCUUCUGCUUCAUCCCCUUCAAGUAUGCGCGCUCCGACGUGCACGACCUCGAGGCGCGUGCCGACGGCGCCUGGCAGGGGCAGAUUGGUGGCCGCUCGGGCUUCCCGCACCACGAGCUCUCGCUUUACCUCUGCGCACUGCUCUCCAUCCUCUCGUCUGUGCUGCUCGGCUGGCUCGACGACAUCUUCGACAUCCGCUGGCGCCUCAAAAUGCCAAUCCCACUCGUCGCGAGCCUGCCGAUGCUCGUCGUCUACCACGCCGGCGGCGGCGGCACCAGCGUCGUUGUGCCUGGCUGGCCGGGCUUCCUGCGCGAGCUUCUCGGCCGCGUCAUUGAUCUUGGGCCGCUCUACUACGUCUUCAUCUCGAUGCUCUCCACCUUCUCGGUGCACAGCAUCAACAUCCUUGCCGGCAUCAACGGCGUUGAGGUGGGGCAGGCCGUCGUCAUUGCGGCCAGCCUGUGCGUCAACUCGGCCAUGUACCUCGACCCGCGCGCCGGCGAGCCGGGCUCGUGGGCGAGCAAGGAGCUGCGCGACCGCCACCUCUUCAGCCUCAGCCUGCUGGUGCCGUUCUGCGGCUGUGCGCUUGGCCUGCUGCGCUGGAACCGCUUUCCCUCGCGCGUCUUCGUCGGCGACACGUGGUGCUACUUUGCCGGACAGGUGCUGGCGUGCGCCGGCGUGCUGGGCCACUUCAGCAAGACGCUGCUGCUCUUCUUCAUUCCGCAAGUCUUCAACUUCCUGCUCAGCUGCCCGCAGCUCUUCGGCAUCGUGCCGUGCCCGCGCCACCGCGUGCCCAAGGUGCACGCCUCGAGCCUCGCCCUGUAUCCCUCGCGCGCUUUACUGAAAGACGCCAAGCCGUCAGCCAAGCUGUCAGCGCUGCGGCGGCCCAUCCUGGAGCUCCUGCAGGCGCUGCGCCUCGUGCAGCUGGAAUACGACAAGCGCGGGGCCAUCACCAGCACGACGAACCUGACGCUCAUCAACGCGCUCCUCGUCUUCGCGGGCGUGCGCGGCCCGCCUUCGCUGCCUGCCGACAGCGCAGACGGCGAGGGAAAGGAGGCCGCCGCAGAUGCAGCUCCCAGCGGCCCGCGCAUCACCGAGCCGACGCUGUGGGGCCUUGUCAUGGGCACGCAGAUCGCCGGCAGCCUGCUCGCCUUUACGGUGCGCUACUGGCUCGCCGGCGUCGUCUUUCCCGUCCAGUAGAGUUGUCAUCCGCCCAGACAGAUGCUCAAUAGAGGUGUAUUUUGCCCGGCCCUAG